UGGAUACCCACGAAGAAGAAGGAAGGCCACAUUGCGCAGGCGUACACCACGUACACCGAUGAUCAGAGCUGUCUCGGCUGAAUGCUAGCUGGCUAGCUAACGGUCUGUCAACUCGCACACAUUGGGCUAGAAGGGGGAGAAUCGCAGCGGUGGAGAAGAAGGGCGACCCAAGCGCCGCUACGAAAUGGCCGGGCAACAGUUCCAGUACGAUGACAGCGGCAACACGUUUUUCUAUUUCCUCACCUCCUUCGUCGGACUUAUUGUGAUCCCAGCCACAUAUUACCUCUGGCCCCGGGAUCAGAAUGCUGAACAACUGCGUCUGAAGAGCCUGAGGAAGGUGCAUGGAAGGUGUCUGUGGUACCGGCUGCGGCUGAUGAAGUCGCAGCAGAGCAUCGUCCCAACACUAAAGAAAGCAGCUUUGUUAUUUGGCUGGGCUGUGUUCCUGCUGCUAGCAUACAAAGUGUCCAAGCUGGACAGAGAGUACCAGGAGUAUAACCCAUAUGAAGUCCUCAACUUGGACCCGGGUGCAUCGCUAUCAGAAAUCAAGAAGCAAUACCGUGUGCUAUCACUCAAGUUCCAUCCUGACAAAGGCGGUGAUGAGUCCACAUUCAUGAGGAUUGCCAAAGCCUAUGCUGCUCUGACAAACGAACAGUCACGACAGAACUGGGAAACAUACGGUAACCCGGAUGGGCCGGGAGCCACCAGUUUUGGUAUUGCCCUGCCCGCCUGGAUUGUUGACCAGAAGAACUCAAUGCUGGUGCUGCUGGUAUAUGGACUAGCCUUUAUGGUCAUCCUUCCUGUUGUUGUGGGCACAUGGUGGUACCGCUCCAUCAGGUACAGCGGAGACCAGAUCCUCAUCAACACCACGCAGCUCUUCAUGCAUUUCAUGUACAAGACACCCAACAUGAACAUGAAGCGGUUAGCCAUGGUGUUGACCGCAGCGUUUGAGUUUGACCCCCGCAGUAACAAAGACGCCACCAUACGACCAACAGACAACAUCGAAGUUCCACAGUUGAUCCGUGAGUUGGGAAACAUCAACGUGAAGAAGAAGGAGCCUCCAUUCUGCUAUCCUUACAGUUUGAAGGCCAGGGUCUUAGUGCUGGCUCACCUGGCACGCAUGGACGUCUCAGAGGAGCUGGAUGAAGAUCAGAGGUUCGUGGUGAGGAAGAGUCCCGCUCUUCUCCAGGAGAUGAUCAACGUGGGCUGUCAGCUUACCAUGAUGGCCAACAGCAGAGGAGGUUUCCAUGCUCCUCGACUGGUUACCAUAGAGAACUGUAUGAAGCUGACCCAGAUGAUAGUGCAGGGUCUGCAGGAGUCAAAGUCACCGCUGCUGCAGCUGCCCCACUUUGAGGAGGAGCACCUCCGCUACUGCGUCUCUAAGAAGUAUAAAGUCCGGAGCCUCCAGGACCUGGUGAGCUUAAAGGACUCCGACAGACGCAACAUGCUGCGCUUCCUCGGGGAGGAGAAGUACGAUGAGGUCUUUGCUGUGUUGGGCAGCUUCCCUCACAUCACCAUGAACACCAAACUGCAGGUCCUUGAUGACGAAGACAGCAAUAACAUCACAGCAGGCUCCAUCGUCACAGUCACUGUCACCUUAACCAGAAAACGGAUGUCGGAGGUGUUUGAAAAGGAGCAGGACUCAUCAACACCCUGUCUAACAGAGGAGGCUGCCACUACAGAGGAAGCAGGAGACGUGAGUAAAACCAAAACAAAAGUGUGGCAGAACAAGAGUAAAGGGGCUAAGAAGACAGCCAAGUCCAAGAAGAAAAAAUUAACCAAGAAGAAGGCCACUCCAGCGCCUGCUAAAACCAAGCAGGCCAACGGCACCGUUGCAGGAAAUGAGGUGGUCACAGCCACAGCAGCAGCAGCAGCAGCAGCAACAACAACAACAACAGUAACAGCAGCAACAGUAACAGCGACAACAACGACGACGGCGGUGGUUAAGGAGGAAGAGGACGAGGUCUCGGACAAGGGCAGCGAAUCAGAAGAGGGCGAAGCCAACAAGGACUCUCCCAGCGAGAGGGACGAAGACAGCGACAAGCAGAGCGACACGGAGGUGGACGAGAUGGCUGGAGACGAUGAAGAGGAGUGGGAGGCGUUGCAGCAGAGCAUCCAGCGGCGGGAGCGGGCUCUGCUGGAGACCAAGUCAAAGGUGACGCACCCCGUCUACAGCAUCUACUUCGCCGAGGAGAAGCACGAGUGGUGGUGGCUGUACAUCGCAGACCGCCGGGACCAGACCCUCGUCUCCAUGCCCUACCACGUCUGCACGCUAAAAGACACAGAGGAGGUAGAGCUGAAGUUUCCAGCACCCUCCAAAACGGGCAACUACCAAUACUCUGUGAUACUUCGCUCUGAUUCCUACCUGGGACUGGACCAGAUCAAACCACUCAAGCUGGAGGUCCACGAGGCCAAGGCCAUGCUGGACAACCACCCGCAGUGGGACAUCCCCGACACAGAGGAGGAGGACGAGGAGCAGGAGGACAGCGACGGCAUCGAGGAGAGUGAAGACGACGACGAGGACAACGACUGAAUGUGGAUACACGCACACACAGCCCCCCCAAACCCCACCACCACCCGACCCCCUCCCCAUGGACUGACCACCCCAACCCACUCCCGACGCCACAGCAGCACUCAAGAGCAGAGAAGCAGAAGCUGUGCCCGCCACAAACACACACUGAACACACACACUGGGGACAGUUUAUACACACAGAGCCCUUCUUCUUCUUCCCCUCCAUUUUAUCUUUACAUAGACUGUGACCCCGCCCCUCCAUUUUCCCCCUUUUUCUACUGAGACUUGUUCGUUCAGUUUCCGUUGCUAACGGAAGAGAAUUCUGUGAAUACUUGCCCAGGCCCUGAUGUGUGUGCAUGUGAGAGUGGAUGAUGUGUGUUUGUAACCUUGUAUGUGUUUGUACAGGUAUGGAAGAUUGACACACUGUGGACUGGAGGACCUAUUAUCUGGGCUCUUUUCUCCAAGGGGGGAGAGGGGGAUGUAUAACAGCUAAUUCAGUUUUGCAAAAUUAACAAAAACACAUGACCUCCGAAUGGAAAUCAUGGCAUUGCUCUUUUUCCUAAUUUAAAAAAAAUCACUCGGCACCAAUGGUUUCCACACCAAUGAUACUUUCUACUGUACACUUAAAAACUGCAGUGUGAGCUUUAGAUUGCUUCGGAACACAUCCGAGGCAAACAUUGGGACGUUUCUGCUCCUUUCAGCGCAUGGGGGCACAGUAAUGUCUCGUCAGGUUUAGUUUUUUUCAUUUACUUUUCUUUGUCACACCAGCCAGUCACUUACUUGUACUCACUGUAUGUUUAAGGAGAUGAGCAUAAUUGGACACUGAUCUCCAGUCGGUUCCGUUAAUGAUGCCUGUUCUGCCCCUGUAAUCCAGGUCAAACUGUUGGUUGAAAAUAGGUGGAUCUUGAAAUGAAUUGACCUCAAGUAUACUGGGGGAAAAUGGCAAAACUUGCAGUGUUAACAUUUCUUUGAAUUAUUGAGUACUCUUCUCGUCCAUAUACUACAUACAAAUGUGAGUUUUCAGUCUUUCUAAGGGGCUCAGAUACUGAUAUAUAUAUAUAUAUAUAUAUAUAUAGAUAUAAAUACUUGUGGCUUUUCGGAGAAGUUCCUUUCUCUUCAUCCUUUUUUUUUUUUUCCUCUUUACAAUUGUAGCACAUUCCAGUGUAUACUCAUUGUCCAAAAAGGCCUUAUGAAUACAACUGAAAUACCACAACAUAGUAGUCCUUGGGUGCUAUGCACCAUUGGUUCUUGGAAGAGCAGAAAAAAAAGUUUGUUUUGUAACAGUGUUUUUCUUUAGUUUCCGUAUAGAGAUAGCCUCUUCAUAGAAACCUAUAGCUCCUCAGUCUUGGAAUACAUAUCACUGAGUAAAGUUGUGUCUGCUGAAAGAGGAUUAGCAAUCGUACGUGACCCGCUUUGUGUUAAAGGGAUUGGAGUAUGGGGUCCCUGACAGCACUCAUGAUCUGAAAAGUGUCUCGAGCUAAAACCUGUUGAAAGUAAUUUUUUGUGUAAGACAGAUGAUCUUCUGUUCAGCACCUUUUCCUUUUAGUCAUUAAAGCUCAACAAUGUCUGUUUUUUAAUUACCGCCAUUUUUUCAAAUGAUAAGUGUUUUUCCCCCACAACAUUGUAAAGGCAUUUUGUUUUUGAUUUUCCGUCUGGGGGAGUACAGAGCAGUUCUGGCUAACCAAGAUACCCUUUUUUCAUUUAAAAGUUCACUUAAGCUUUAGUGACAACAAAUAUAAAACAUUGUCUCGUUUCGUUUCAAUCUAACUUUGGUUUUUACAUCUGUUAGACUCAUGAGUGCAAAAAAGAAAAAUCAGAGCUUCCUUGUGUGGCUCUGUGGGCUCACUGUAUGUCGACGACUUGACAGUGUUUAAAAGAAAUGUAUAAUCUUUCACCAUAAAUAUCCACAUUUUCUUCUAUUGUAUAGUGUGUCAUGUUCGUGUGGGAGAGUUACAGAUAUGACUAUUUGUGGGCACGCUCUCCCAACACCACAUACACAAUCUCACGUGCGCACUAUCCCCUCCCAUAAUUGCAUUGAAAACAGGUUUAUGCUAACGGGCAAAAUUGUACUCUUGAGUAUUUAUCGCGCUGCAAUAGAAUGUAGCAUCAGUGAUUUACGCUGUGUGGGGAAAAAAAAUCUGCGAUGAGGUUAAAUACGACACCAUCUCUCCCAUGACGGAAGAUGUUCAGGCGACUGGCCGGCAGGCCUCCUCAGUUUGGACAAAUUACCCAAUGACUAUCUAUCUGCCACUUUUGUUUACAAAGGAACUGUCAUUGUAAAUGGAAAAGUAUAUUAUUUGUAUUUAAAAUCAUUUCAAAUAAAAAACUUUUAAAUGAGA